AUGACGUCGGCGGAUCAGCUCCGCCAAUCACAGAAGAGAUUCCCUCACUUAAACCAUGAGAGGAGCUGCCAUGAUUCCUGCUGUCUGAGGGAACUAUCUUCAGAGCAGAAGUCAGAGAAAAGCGGUGAUGUGAGUUUGCUAACAUGGAGACGGUGGAGGAGAGUGACGUCACACCGAGCUUCCGCUGGAGGUGAGUCCAUUCAGGUUCUAGUUUACGUCCUGAGUUUUCUCCACUUCGCAGACAGGAAGGAAGCGUCGCUGGUGUGCCGCAGCUGGUACGCUGCCAGCCAGGACCUGGCCUUCCAGAAGGACGUGACCUUCAGCUUCCCGGCCUCGGCGGCGGCGCUGGCGUUGGUGGGCAGCCUGGCCCGGCGGCGGCGCUGCAGCCUGAGGAUCAGCCAGCUGGACGGAUUCAGCGUCUCCAGGUCGCUGCUGCUGCAGGUGGGCGAGUGUCUAGGCCCGCGGUUGGAGGGCCUGGCGCUGCCCGGCAGCAGCAUCACGGAGGCGUCGCUGCUGGCGCUGCUGCCGCGCCUCACCGCGCUGCGCCGCCUCGACCUGCGCGGCCUGGACAGCCUCUUCAUGUCCGGAGCCUUCCUGUCCAGGGAGGAGCACCGGCGGCAGGUCCGCUCGGCUCUGAGCGGCCUGGAGGAGCUGGACCUGUCCGACCUGCGCUACCUGUCCGACCUCACCUUCACCCGGCUGACCGGCUGCACGCCGCGCCUGCGCCGCCUGGCGCUGGCCGGCUGCCACAUCGCCUUCGAGUUCGACCCGUACGGCGGCCGGCCGACCGGCGCCGGGGAGGAUUCAUCCGCCCUGCUGUCGCUGCGCAACCUGCGGCGCCUGCUGGUGGAGCAGCGCGCCACGCUGCGGGAGCUGGACCUCAGCAGGACCGCCGUCACGCCAGAGUCUCUGCGGAGUGUGUUGCAGGUGGACGGUUUGGUUCUGGAGGAGCUGCGGCUGCAGGGCUGCCGCGAGCUGACGGACCGCUCGGUGGAGGUUCUGCUGCAGCAGCAGCGCGGCCUGCGGCGGCUGGACGUCGGCGGCUGCACGGAGCUCAGCAGCCGCUCGGUGCAGGCGGCGGCGCGGAGCCUGCGGGCGCUGACGCAGCUGUCCCUGUCCCGGGACUGGAGGAUCACGGAGAGAGGUCUGGCCGAGCUGCUGUCUCUGCCGUCCCUCCAGUCUCUGGAUCUGUCUGAGUGUCUCCAGGUCAGCGGGGCGGAGCUUAUCAGUGGCCUGACUCCGCCCAGCGCCACCCGGGCCCGGCUCAGGGUUCUCAACCUGAGGAGCUGCACCUACCUCAGGGAUGCGGUGGUGUUGUCGCUCUCGCAGCUCCUGGCGGACUCCCUCCUGGAGCUGGACCUGACGUCCUGCGUCAACGUGACGGAUCUGUCGGUGUGCGCCAUCGCCACCUACCUGCAGCGGCUGCAGGUGCUGCGGCUGGGCUGGUGCAAGGAGGUCAGCGACUGGGGUCUGCUGGGUGUGGCGCAGGAGAGCCGAAGUGAGCCGUGUGAAGAGACGGGAGACGGCGGCCCCAGCUUCACCCGGACGUUCGGAAACAUGGGCUUCUUCCAGCCGCCCCGCAUGCCGUUUGAGGAGCGCCCCAAGCUGGUGACACUGAACCAGCUGCAGCAGCUGCAGCAGCAACGGGCCGGAGCAUCGCUGCUGCAGCUGCAGAGGUUGCAGGAGCUGGACCUGUCGGCCUGCGCCAGGCUCACCGACUGCAGCAUCACACAGGUGGUCUGCUUCCCGGAGCUGCAGCGUCUGUCGCUGUGCAUGCUGCCGGAGCUCAGCGACGCCGGCCUGGCUGCGGUCGGUCGGAGCUGCCGCAGCCUGACCAGCCUGGCGCUCAGCCACUGUCCCGGCAUCAGCGACGGCGGCGUGGCGCGGGCCGCGCCCUUCCUGCAGCGCCUGCAGCACCUGCAGCUCGUCUGCUGCAGCAACAUCACCGACAGGACGCUGCACCUGCUCAUGCAGCACUGCGGACGCCUGAAGACGCUGGACGUGUCCAGAUGUAAAAACAUCUCCAUGAUGACGGUGGACCUCCUCCAAUCACAGCUGCCGUUUCUGGAAAACGUCCAUCACAAACUGAUUGGUGCGGCAGACCCGAUGCUGACUGACUGAAGCUGCAACUGGAGCUUUCAGACGCACUGAUGAAUUUUUAUUGCUUAUUUAAAACCAGAGAGAAAAUGAAGUGAAGAUUUAUUUAAAAUGAUUGUAAAUUGCUGGAUAAAUGAAGGAAAGGUUCUGGUUCUGAUCCGUCUGCAGGAACCAGCGGGAGCAUGGUUUCAGUUUCAUUGAUAAACUUUUGGUGAAAUGUUUUUACUUUAUUUGAUCAAAUUUCCUUUGAUGCUUUUUCUACUUUUCUGUUUGUUUUCUUCAGUUUUACUGAUGUCCAGACUAAAAGAU